AUGUCGACUGGCAGUGAUAAUGGUGCUGCAGCAGGUGACGGUGUCAUCAGGAAACCAGUGUGGAAACAACGAGCAAUGGGAAGGAAAGAAAAUAAAGGAGGAACAGUCGAAGUAAAGGAAGAACUCUUCAAAGUUCUAAUUAUCGCGGACACGUUUGACACUCGUUUCCUUCCCGUCACUUCCCAUUCUUCCAUCAGUUGUUUAAGGAUAGCGGACAUCGAAAUCUUACACUAUGUGCUGGAAUGGAUCAGUCGAACUGGAUUUCGAGAUGUGGUGGUUGCUUUGUUGUCGCACUUUGAACGAGCUGUGCAACAUAUUAUAGAUUACUGGAGAAUACUUUUCGAUUCUUUUACUGUUGUAUUAUGUCAGAACUGUAUGAGUGUUGGCGAUGUUCUGCGUGAAGUUCAUAGUCGAUCUGUCAUAACAUCGGAUUUCUUGUUACUCACAACUCCGAUGACUAUCGCCACAACAGAUCUCAGUGCUCAACUCAAUUGUUUCAAGGAGAUAAGGAAGGAUAAAAAUAAUGUUAUGUUGAUCGUUUACGGUGAGUGGGAAGAUGAAUGCCCUGUUAUUGCUUAUGAAAAAAAAAGCGGAAAGCUUAUAUUCUACCACCAAAAAAAUGAUGCAUCAAAACUUGAUGUAAAUAAAGAUGUAUUUAUAUCUGAUUCUGUUGUUUGCAAUAAUCUUCGGGAUACUGGCAUAGCAUUUUGUUCACUGAAUGUGUUGUUACAAUUUAGUGAUAACUUCGAUUUUCAAUAUAAAGAAGAUAUGAUUAGAGAAAUUCUAGUUAAUGAAGAGAUUCUUGGUCAAAGAAUUUGCAUCGCUGUUCUUCCAAAACAAAUUUCGACGUUUUGUAUCCAUGAUUACGCAGAUCUCCUUCUUAUGAAUAAGCUUAUUUUGAGGCGAUUUUUCUUCCCUCUUGUUCCAGAUAAUAUUUCUUAUUCACCUUAUAUUUGUCGGCGAAAUAAUAUUUAUACACCAUCAGACAGUUUGCAGCAAGAUUACCAGACGAAAAGAAUUUUGCCAUUAAUUUUUGAUGGAGCAAACGUUUUAUUGGGAAAAAACUGUUCGAUUGGUUUGAAUGUAAUGUUAAAAAAUGUUUCAAUUGGUUCUGGUACAUCUAUCGGCGAUGGAUGUGAAAUUGUGGACUGCAUAAUCGGUAGAGGUAUUUCAAUCGGCAUGAACACUCACUUGUCGGAAUGCUAUAUUGCAGACGAUGUUGCAAUAGGCAGCAAUGUUAUACUUUUUCCGAGAUGUGUCUUGUCGUCCAAGGUGAAAAUACCAGAUGGCAGAACAUUACCAUCAGGAAGCGUUAUUAGUAUGGAGUGUUAUGAAGACGACGAUGAACAGUUGGAAUGCAUUCCGUCUGAAUAUGGAUUUGAAUGGAGGAUGGAAAAUGGCGGUGAUUUUUGGCAUUCUGCAUGUUCAAAUCUUCAAAUGCAUGGCACAACAGCGACCUCCAGAAAUAUGGAUAAUUUAAAAGAGACAGAACAAGCCAUCGAUGAAAAAGAAAUAGACAGUGUUGAUCGAUUUUACGAAGAAGUUAAAGAAAGUAUGGACAGAAUAGCAGAACAAAAAGAAUGCGAUGACCAAUUGAUAAAGAAUCUGAUUUUAGAAAUCAACAGUUCGAAACUAGCCUACAAUAUAACAAUGGAGGACGUUGCACGCAACGUUUUCUUAUCUUUUCUUUCGUUAUCGGAUACUUUUUCAGAGCUGCAGAAGCUUGCUAGAAAUUGGCAUUUAUUGUUCAUCAACUAUUACAAACCAACAAAAAGCCAGAUUCAAGCGCUUAUUGCAGUUGAGGAACAUCUGGCAUCCAAACCAGAUUUUAAAGCAAUAACUGCAAAAGUGAUACACUUUUUCUAUGAACGAGAUAUUUUUGAAGAAGAUGCAAUUCUGAGUUGGUAUAAUACUGUGCAUGAGAAUGCUCCUAUUAAAACUCUAGUCCGUCCAAUCAUCGACUGGUUGCAAGAGGCAACUGAAGAAUCUGAUAAUUAG